AGGCCGCGCCGGCGCAGUGGGGCCAAGGUACCGGGGAGAUGCCCGGCCGGCGCUGAGGGCUGCGGCCGGGGCAGAUGGAGGCGGGGCGCGGGCCGGCCCGGGCGGCGGGCUGUGUGCGGCAGGGAUGAGGAGCCGCCGGCGGGCGUUCUCAGCGGUGAUGCGCCCCUGUGUGAAGUGCCUGCGUGUGGGCCGGCGGCGCGGGCUCAGGCUGGCCUGGCGGGCGCAGGAGCUGUGGCGCUAUGGGCACCUCUGCCUGCGCUCCCUGCUCUACAACUCCUUCACCAACAGCGACGCGGUGCUGGACUCCCUCUUCGAGCCCGUCUACUGGCUGGUGGAUCACGUCACUCGCUGGUUCGGUGUGGUGUUCGUGGCGCUGGUGAUCGUGCUGACAAGCUCCAUCGUGGCCAUUGUCUACAUCUGCCUGCUGCCCCUCAUCCUGCAGAGCUACCCGCCCGGCUGGAUCUGCUGGCACCUCGUCUACGGCCACUGGAACCUGCUCAUGAUCCUCUUCCACUACUACAUGGCCAUCACCACCCCGCCAGGGCACCCCCCACAGGCCAAGAGCAACACCGUGGCCGUCUCCAUCUGCAGGAAAUGCAUCUCCCCCAAGCCUGCCCGCACGCACCACUGCAGCAUCUGCAACAGGUGUGUACUGAAGAUGGACCAUCACUGCCCGUGGCUGAAUAACUGCGUGGGACACUACAACCAUCGCUACUUCUUCUCCUUCUGCCUCUUCAUGACCAUGGGUUGCAUCUACUGCGGCAUCAGCAGCUGGGACAUGUUCCGGGAGGCCUAUGCUGCCAUUGAGAGAAUGAAACUGCUUGAGAAGGAGAGACUGCCGGUGGCUGCCAACCAGACGUACUACCAGACACCGCCCCCCACCUUCUCCUUCCGCCAGAGGGCCUUCCACAAGAGCAUAGUCUACCUCUGGGUCCUGUGCAGCUCCGUAGCACUGGCCCUGGGGGCCCUCACGCUGUGGCACGCUGCCCUGAUCACCCGAGGGGAGACCAGCAUCGAGAGACACAUCAACAAGAAGGAGAGGCAGAGGCUGCAGAAGAAAGGCAGAGUGUUCAGGAACCCCUACAGCUACGGCGCCUGGGACAACUGGAAGGUGUUCCUGGGAGUGGACACGUGCAGACACUGGCUCACCCAUGUCCUGCUGCCUUCUACACACCUGCCCCAUGGAACUGGCCUGAGCUGGGACCGGCCUCCCUGCGUGACAGAGCCACGUGCACCUCUCCUGGCCAUCUAAUGGACGUGGGGGCAGAGGCGCAGGUUGCAGUACCCGCCCCCCAGCCCGGGCCAGCAGAGCCUGGAACCAGCAGAAACUCCUCGGGGCGUCCACCAUGAGGAAAUGCACCAGCCGGCUGCCUGGAGCCUCCCAGCUCCGCUCACCGACCCCUGCAGCAAGCCCCAGCGUGGCUGCAGGCAGCUCGCGGUGCCUGGGGGUGACAUGCUGCGUUCUGGAGACACAGGGACAGGUGGGCAGCAUGUGCAGGGUGGCUCUCUGCGGGGCUGAGCCCGUACCCCAGGGCACCUGCAUGUGGGGCAGGGCCCAGGGCCCUCACACGUACAGGACAGCAGAGACUCCCCAGCUGGCACUCAGGGCAUGGAGCUGCUGGGGGCCCCUCCCCCCCUCCACAGGGGAUUUUAAAUGCCAGAAAUAAAAAAAAAAGAAUUUUCACUAAUGCAGCUGGAGUGUUACCUGCUGCUGUCCCGCCAGUUCCAGCCCUGGGGCAGCCUGCCGGGGCUGAGUGACGGGGAAGCUUUGCCCACUGAGGCAGAAUGCACAUAGGGGGCACCAGCUCGGGGGUUCCUGCAGCUGGAGAGCCGUGACCCUGCCCCGGAGGCAGGGAACAGCCAGCUCCUGGGGCAGCAGGGUUGGUCGGGCUGCUCUACUAGAGGACACAGGGUACGGACUGAACCCACCCUGAGGGCCCGAAGCAGCGUGGGCCAGCAGUUAGGGCACAGGGCUGCGAGUCCUGGGACCCGAGUCCUGGGCUGACCUUGGGCAAAGCAGGGGCCGUGUGGCACCCAGCCUGAGGGGGCGCUGCCCCCACCCCCGCCAGCCAGAGCCGGCAUAGACAUGAGUGGGGAAGGCCAGCUUUAGAAGGGCCCUCCUGUUCCCAGAAUGGGGCCCCUGCCUGCAGGAC